GAAUAAAAAAUAAUUAUAAGAAAAAGAAUAGGUUCUGGGAAUGAAAAUGAGUUAUAUCAUUUUAUGACUGAUAAAUAUUCCGGGAUUGUGUUUACAGAUAUGUUUACAAACGUGCAAAGUUUCUUGGCAACAGAAUCUCGUCCUUGGCUAUUGCUCAGUUUUUCCUCGCUGUUUGGCAUGGAGUGCAACCUGGGUACUUCUUUUUGUUUUUCUGCCAGUUCAUGAUCAUUGUCUUUGAGAGAUCGGUCCUAACAAUGUGGGAGCUAUUACAAUGGAAGAAGGUUUCAGAGAUGCCCGUUUAUGUCCAGAUCAUAGUUAAAUCGAUGCUGUACUUAUGGUCUCAUAUGUUGAUGGGUUACGGGUCAGCUCCUUUAGCUCUAUUGUAUCUGGACAAAAUACAUAAGGUUGGAAUGUUAACGUAUUAUGCACCGUUCAUCGCAAUCACUACCUGGAUAACGAUCAUCUAUCCAUAUGUGGUUCUACCUCGCCUUGGCUCACAAAAACCGCUGACCAAAGUGAGCUAGGCACUGAUUAUCUCAAGUACUUAGUCACUUGCAUCUUGUAGGACCAGGCGUAGCUCAGUUGGUUAGUGCGCGACCUUCAGAGCUUGAGGUCCACGGUUCGAUCCUUAGGAUCUCCACGUCUGUUUCGACUUCUCUCUAAUCCGUGUAGCUGCAGCUUUAAAUACUCU